AUGUACCAGACUGGUUUGAAUGAUGAAGAGAAAGCUGCUAAAGAGAAAGCUGAGAGAAAAGAAGAAGAGAAGGCUAGAGAAGAAAAAGCUGCUAAGGCGAAAGCUGAAGAAAAAGAAGAAGAGAAGGCUAGGAAGGAAGAAGAGAGGGCUAGGAGGUUAGAGGAAAGGAAUUGGAAAAUAGAAGAUGAUGAAAGAAAGAUUGCAGCAAAAAGAGAAGAAGAUGACAGAAAGCACAAGCAUGAAACAGAACUGAGAAGAAUAAAUAGUAAUAUGGCCGCAACUGAACGAGCGGGUGAGCACUCAACCAGAUUCCAGCUGAAAUUCAGGGACUUAAGAGAAGGAGAAGAAAUAUUAAACUACCUCACACAAUUUGAGUGCAUUGCCACAACUAACAACUACAGUAGAAGCAUGUGGGCAAGUACUUUGCUGAGCAGGCUCACGGGUGAAUGUUUAAACAUAAUUGGCACGCUUGCUGAUAUUCAAAAAAUGGACUAUGACCAUAUUAAAAAAAAAACUACUCACUUGUUAUGGGAAGUCGGAGGACGAAUAUUGAAAAGCCUUUGUGGCGAUGAAACUGGAGAGCCACCUGGACACAACGGCCACUUUAUUUAA